ACCAUCAUUAUAAAAACAGUCGCAGUCGUGGAUACCCACGGUGAUUUUCCAGAGCCAGCGUCAGUGCCAAAGUGUGCCAAUACAACACCGCCUUAUCAGCGGCUCACCAAAGCUCUGCAAUGCGAUCCAAGAUGCGGACACGAGGUAACCGUUGGCCGGCGCAUAGGACUCUACAGAUUUUGUGGCGAUAUAGGACGUGGCAAUUUUUCCAAAGUCAAAUUAGCUGUACACCAGCUAACCAGAGACAAAGUGGCCAUCAAAGUAGUUGACCGUGCUGGUUUAGAUGCUAAAGCAUUGCGUAUGCUUUCAAGUGAAAUUGCUACACUUGAAUGUGUUCAUCAUCCUAAUAUUUUAAGGCUUUUCGAGGUAGUCGAAACUUUGGGUCGUGUUUAUCUAGUCACCGAAUGGAUACGUGGUGGUGAAUUAUAUAAUCAUAUCACCCAAGGUGGUCCAUUACGUGAAAUACAUGCCGCACCACUAUUUAAACAAUUGUUAUUGGCUGUGAAACACAUGCACAGUUUGGGUUACGUACAUCGUGACAUUAAGGCUGAGAAUGUAUUACUGUUGUCAGAGGAUCGCUUAAAACUGGCUGACUUUGGUUUUAGCACACAAUUAAUUAAUGGUGCCAAUCAAAAACUGGACACAUUUUGUGGUUCACCGCCAUACGCAGCACCGGAACUAUUUUCCGAUGAUCAUUAUAUUGGGGCACCGGUGGAUGUAUGGGCUUUAGGUAUACUGCUUUACUUUAUGGUGGUUGGCAACAUGCCAUUUCGAGCGCCAACAAUACCCGGCUUAAAGGCAGCCAUAUUAAAGGGAGACUAUUUAUUGCCGGGACAACUAAGUCUGCCAUGUAUAAGACUAAUACAACGCAUAUUAAUCCAUAUCCCAGCGCGCAGACCCACCAUCGAUGAUAUGCUCAAUAGCCAAUUUGUAACCCAUCCAAAAUUAAGCAACGACUUAAUGCAACACGAAAUUAACAUGCGCUCUAAGCCGGUCAAACGUUCCGGUUUCUGGGUACGCUCCAAAUCGCGGCGCAUGCGCAAACAGUACUCUUUGCGAGAACGUUACAUGGAACUAACCAACAAACCACCCAUAAAUAUGAACACCAAACGCACAGACGGCUUUUUUGUGGACAAUUUUCUGCAGCCCAUUGAGUUGACACCCAACGAUAUACCAUUGGAGGUGAUUAAGGAACAAUCCAAAAAUAAUACACCCAAAAGAUCGUUUUUGUGUGGUACUCUAAAGAAAAAGGUGGGACCCAUGGAGGCCACCGAAAAGGAAAAACAAUUAACGAAUGGUACGUUGAGUAACCACAAGUCACAAUGGAAUGCCGUGUUGGCGGCAGAUUGUCCUCUGUUUAAGAACUAUGAUGGCGAAAAUGGACAUUUCAUAAUGUUUCCCACGCCCACAGAUGAUUUGAGCCAGGUACAGCCUCUGGAGUCAGAGACCAGACAGAUUCUCGAAGAGCUGGGCAUCACCAGUGAAAUGUUGCAGCAGGCCUCACAAAAUGCUCCACGUAGUGAUAUUAUUGGAGCUUAUCGUAUUGUUAUAAAUCGUUUGCAAAAGCAAUCUUGGCUGGCGCGUAAGCAUGUGGAGAUGGCUUUGCAAGAGAUGCCGGGUAAGACGGAGAAGAAAAUUGAGAGAUCAUGUUGUAUACUGUAGAGAGGGGGAGGGUGAUAGAGAUAGAGAGAGAGUUUUGGGAGUUUAUAAGUGUUAAAACACAAUUAAGGCGUUAAAGUGAGAAGCAAACAAAACAAAACAAAAUAAAGUAAAUUAUUUCUAAUUAAAUUUUUACACCCAGAAUGUUUGUUGUCUCAGAAUGUUUCUUACAAAUAAAUUUAUUACAUCUCGAAUAUUUAUUUCAAUAUUUGACCGCUUUGCACCCCAGAUUUUUUCACGACUAGAAGGAUUGAGAUAUUGCCAAAGAACUCUUUACGUGCUAUGUAGGAAUUUAUUAAAAGUAAGAGGAUGUUUUUAGAAAAAUAUAUAGACCAUGGUAAAAAACGAAGAUGUCAAAAUCACACAUAUGUACCCUUCAAAAUGGCAUAUAACAUAAAAAAAUAACCAUAUGCGGACAUCACUACGUGAUAAAACACAAAAGACCCAUGUCUCCUAGUUUUGUCCAAAAUCAAGCACUUUUUAUGUUCCCUCAAAGAUUUGGGGCCUCUGUGUAAUUUUUGCAAUAAUUUUCUCAGGUUCAUAUCAUGCAAACAGGUCGGAAGUCCUUGCCAUUAGGAACAAAAAUUGUGAACAUCUAUAUAUAUAAAAAUUAAAUGGUCCAUAUAUGUAAUGCAACACUAGGGUGACCCUUAAUAAACGAACAUUGGAUUUUGGCCAUUCUCACCCCCCCAGUUUGGUGAACAUUAGUAAACAAAUCAUCCUGAAAAAAAUUUUAGGUAAAUCGGUUGGGGUUAAGAUGUGCCGCAAGCCCUCUGAAGUUUUGAGAUGCAUUUACAAGGGGGAAAAUGCAUUUUUUCAGUUUUUGUAAAAAUUUUGCCAUUGAAAAAUUACAUUUGCAAUUUCAUUUAAAAGAAUAGAAAUGUGUACGUAAUUGUCGUUCUAAUGAGACAUAAAAAACCGAAAUUGGUCAAAAAAUGUUAAAGUUAUUAAAAAUUCGGCAGGACAUUACCCUGUCUCAGGCUACUAUAACAAGAAAUGUAUGAACAAAAUUAACAUAUUUUGAGAAAUAUUAAAAUAAAAGCUCAUUUUUACUUAAAACAUAUCCAUUUUUAAUUGUAUAUGAGCCUUUGUCUUCAUAGGAUACCGUUAACCUAUUGGCAGGUAUGACCAAGAAAAUAAAAAAUUUUUAACGGCAGUUUCAAAAUUCCUUAUUCAAAUUUUUAAAAAUUUUGUUAAACAAAUUUCAGAAUUUUUUUAUCAUCUCAUUGUGAUUUAUUUAGAAUAUAAUAGGGAAUAAAAAGGGAAUUAUAGUUUUUCCGUACCUGCGAUUUAAAUUUUGAAAUUUUCGAGAAAAACCAAUAAUUUGGGCAUUUUUUUGCGAAUGAGCUCUAUUUCAUUACUGUUGUGAAUUUUAAAUAAAACCUAUGCAGUAUAUUAUAGUCCAGAUAAUUAUAAAUAAACUCUGAACGUUUUACUAAAAUUGGAAAACACUAAACCUUAAAUCGUGAAGGUCAAAUGUCAAAUUUUUCAAAAUUUGGAAUUUCUAAUUUAAAGAUAUAGAAAUGUUAUUUAUUUUUUAGGCCGAUUAAAAAAAUUAUAACAUAAACUCUAAGGUUUAUAAUAACGGCACAAUAAUGGAAAUUAACACUUAAUGGCACUUUGGGUUAAAAUGACCCCAAACUUUUAAAAUCAUAAUUUUUUUAAGGUUUUAGAAGUUUGCGGUCAUUUUAACCCCAAGUGCUAUAUAGGGUUAAUUUGAAUUUUUCUGCUGUUUUUGUAAAUACUAGGCUUUGUGUUAUAUUUUGGUUAAGUUUCAUCAAAAGCGGCCCAAAAAUAUACAACAUUUCGAUAUCUUUCCAAGAGAAAUUCCGAAUAUUGAAAAAUUUGACCUUUGACCUUCACGAUUUAAGGGUUAAGGUUUUCCAAUAUUAGUAAAACUUUCUGAGUAUAUUUAGAAUUAUCUGUGCUAUAAUAUUCUGAACAUUACAGUAAGGAAAUUGGGUUUAUUCGCCAAAAUAUGUCCAACAAAUUAGUUUUUCUCGAAAAUCGCAAAAUUUAUUUCGCAGGUACGGAAAAACUAUAAGAGGUAUUGACAUACUUUUUUUCAUAUUUUUAUUCCUGUUAUGUUGUUUCCUAUUUGGUUGAUUUUUCUUUUAUUCGAUUCGAAAUUUUCAGGGGAUGGUUUGUAAAGAAAAAAAAAAAUUAAAAAUUUUGUGUAAAACUCGGAUUUCUUUUUGAGUCCAGUCAACUGUAAUAAAAAAGCUCACUAAAGUAUGCAGUACAAAUUUAGAUAUUUUAUUUGCGAAUAAAUAAGAAUAAAUUUGAGAAACUUGACGAACUUGACGAACUAACAUUAGUAAAUGCUACCGGGCGAAGCUAUCUUCAAAAUCAAAAUCGCGAAAGACUUUAAACAAUUUGAUUUAUUUACCUUUUUUCCCCUGAUCAGGUCCAUAGGUAGCAAACCGUUCAAAAUUCAAGAAAACAAUAAACUACAAAAAUGUACCUAAGAUCUCAAUAAACAACUUUCUAGAACAUAUGAACUUCCUAGGAAUGAUUCUAAACACCAUUCAAUAUAAGUUAGUAGGAAAAAACUAAAGGAAUUAAGUAUUUUGGGCCAUAAACUAUUAAAUUAUUAUAAACUAAAGCAUACUUUUAGGCAGGGUUAAAAAAACUUAUUUCUAAAUUUAUUUCGAAUUUUUUAAAGUUUUUUGCGAUUUUGAUCUUGAAGAUGAAGUUUUUUUGAUUUUAUAUGUUCACAAUUUUUGUUCUUUAUGACAAGGGCUACAACUUUACCUCAGCGAGUAAAUCGAAAUUCUGCACUGUUUACAAGAUAUGAGCCUGAGAAAAUGAAUCCUUUUUGGCAAAAAUGACACCGAGGCCAUAAAAUGUUUGGGGGCCCAUAAAAAAAGGUGCAUGACUUUGGGCAAAACUGGGAGACAUGGGUCUUUUUUUUGUCUUUUAUCACGUAGUGGUAUCUGUAUAUGGUUACAUUUCCAUGACUCAAAAAAUUACACACAGUGUAAGUUAUUAAAAACAAAAGAUACGCCAUCUAUUAUAAAUCCUGAAUUUUUAAGCCAUACACCCAAUAUUUGUGAAAUCUUAAUUUUUAUGAAUUUUUAAUCAAUUGAAGUGAUUAAGUUUUUACAAUAUAUUAAGGUUUAGCCUGUUUUAAAAUCUAAAACCAUUAAAAAACACUUUGAAAGAUUAACACCUGAACUAUUUAUAUUAAAAAUAUUGUUUAAACGAAAUCAGUAGUUAAGGCUUUAAUUGUGUUUGAAACUCCCCUUUGAAAUAACAGUUUGUUUUUGCAAGAUUUAGCAAAAAUGAAAAGAAACAUAAACAAAUCUAUAAAACUUAAAUACAAUUUUGAAAAAAAGGUGCCACAUUUUAAACAAAAAUAAUAAUAAUAAAUACAUUUAACAAAAUAAAUAAAAAAACAAUACAAGAAUUUUACCAAAUAUUGCAACAAAAUAGAAAAAUGAAACGCAAAUAAUUUUUUUUAAAACAAAUAAUAACAAAUCUUUUUCGUAGUUUUUUAAAACAAUGAUCUCUUUCAUCAUUAAAUAAAACGAUAUAAAAUAA